CUCGACGUGAAUGUGAAAGGAAGGUCAUCGUCCUUACCACCGGCCUUCCUGACCUUGACUUAGUGGCGGCCCGUCUGGUCUGACACAGCUUCAGCAUCCACGGACCUCAAUAAGCAGACGAGCCAGCAGGAGGAACCAGAACAGACUAGCAUAGCCCCCAGCAGGAGAAAACGUUCAGUCUUCCACCUGUUUAACAUGAUGACCUGUGCCACAGACUGCAACCCUUUAGAUUAUAAGGGAUAUGGGUGCUACUGUGGUUUCCUUGGCUCUGGAGUUGUGGUGGAUGGCAUUGAUAAAUGUUGCAAGGGUCAUGAUUGGUGGUAUGAACAUGCAAGUUGCAAAGGCAUAGAUCACUACUUUACUCCCUACAAGUGGAAAUGCAACGGAGGAUCACCUUACUGUGUACCUACAAAAGGCCCACUUGGAGGACCGAAUAGCUGCGGCCAUCAACUGUGCGAAUGCGACCGAGAGUUUGUCGAAUGCCUGAAGCAGUACCCUUGUCCCAGGGCCAAAGCCAUGUGCAUGACAUCACCCUGGAGAAAUACAAUAUUCUUCGGGAAAAUGGGACGUGAGGCUAGCAUAGCUCUCCAGACGCUUCUAUAGUCAAUGCCAGGCCAGGGGACAGACCUUGUUCUCGACUCAAACAAGAUAA